CCUUGUGGUCAGAGAGCGUCUGAUGUUUGUGUUUUUUUCUGCUCAUGUUCAGACUGCAGAGAUGCGCUCCACCCGCGUCUGUUUAUAUUUCCUAAACCCAUAGAUCAUAUUAUUGUGAUUUAUCUAUCAAUAUCUGUUUUUGCUUAUCGAUGGUCAUAAUAUGACGAGCCCUUUCUCCAGACCUUCAGCUCAAGGGGCCACAGAGAAGGACCGGCUGCUGAGCCCCGCGAUGGGAUACGGCUCCGCCGACCUGAACGGCGGGUGUCAUGGCAGCCCUGCCUCCCUGGACGUGUGCUCGUCGGGCUCGGGGAAGCGGGUGGAGGAAGAGGAGGAGGCCCUGAGGAGGAGGCUGAAGUACUUCUUCAUGAGCCCCUGUGAUAAAUACCACGCUAAAGGCCGCAAACCCUUCAAACUGGUCCUUCAACUGCUGAAGAUCAUCUUAGUCACUGUACAGCUGGUGCUGUUUGGUCUCAGUAAUCAGAUGGUGGUGGCGUUUAAGGAGGAGAACACCGACUCCUUCAAGCAUCUGUUCCUGAGAGACUAUCUGGAUGGUUCUGAGGAGCCGCUGUGUAUCCACACACAGAAAAGCAUCCACGAUCACAUCAACUUCGCCAUAGAGCAGUAUCUGGCUCUGCCGCAGACGUCAGUGGGCAGGUACGCGUACGUUCCAGGUGUGGGUCUGAACGACAGCGCCCUCUAUCUGUGCCAGCACUACUACAAGAAGGGCACCAUCGACCCCGUUAACGACACGUUUGACAUCGACCCUCAUGUUGUCACUGACUGUGUCGGAGUGGAUCCACCGCCAGACCCUUCAGCUCCACUGCAAAACCACUACAAGAACAUCAGCCUCAAUUUCCAAAAGUUGAUUAAUGUGACCAUCCAGUUUCAGCUGAAGGCCAUAAACAUCCAGACGAUUAUUAAUAACGAGAUUCCCGACUGCUACACCUUCUCCAUCACUAUCCUGUUUGAUAACAAGGCUCACAGUGGUAAAGUGAAGCUAAGUUUACUCAACGAGGCGUCCAUUAAAGAGUGCAGAGACCCCAAUGUGUCGGGACACGCGGACAGUUACGCGCGUGUGACGUUCGACGUGUUGGUGGCGGUGGUCUGCGGUCUGUCUCUGGUGUUGUGCGGACGCUCCAUCCUCAGAGGGGUUAUCCUGCAGAACGAGUUUGUGCGAUAUUUCCGUGAGUCUCUGGGCCGUUCGGUGUGUUGGGGCGACCGUCUGGAGUUCAUCAACGGCUGGUACCUGCUGCUCAUCACCAGCGACGUUCUCACCAUCAUCGCCUCCUUCAUCAAGAUCGCCAUCGAGACUAAGAACCUGUCGUCCUAUGACGUCUGCAGUAUUUUGAUGGGAACUUCCACCCUGAUGGUGUGGGUCGGGGUGCUACGAUAUUUCAGCUUCUUUCAGAAAUACAAUAUUCUGAUCGUGACUCUAAGAGCCGCUUUUCCAAACGUGAUCCGAUUCUGCUGCUGUGCUGCUGCCAUUUACAUGGGCUACUGCUUCUGUGGCUGGAUCGUUCUGGGACCCUACCAUGCUAAAUUCCGCUCUCUCUCUACGGUGUCAGAGUGCCUGUUUUCUCUGAUCAACGGAGACGACAUGUUCGCUACGUUCUCGGAUAUGGAGCAGAGCGGGGCGCUGGUGUGGGUCUUCAGUCAGGUCUAUCUCUACACCUUCAUCUCGCUCUUCAUCUACAUGGUGCUGUCGCUCUUCAUCGCGCUCAUUACCGGAGCCUAUGACACUAUCAUGCAACAAACUCAGGAUGUGCCACAAGUCUCUGAACUGCACCGGUUCAUCGCUGAAUGUCCCGACACUCCGACCUCCGGAAACUUCCGUAGCCCGGAGCCGUCGACAUGUUCAGUCUUCUGCUGCUUCAGCUAGAGAGACAGUGUGUGUGUAUGUGUGUGUAUAUGUGUGUGUGUAUGUGUGGAGGGGUUUCUGGGUAACGCUUCAUUUAUCUCACACACGGGACGGACAUACACUCCUGCGUUUUUUUGUUUGUUUACAGAUAAACUUGUUUUAACUACGCUUUUACAGCAUUUAAAUCCGCUAUAAGUAAUGAGCACACUGUGUUUGCAUAUUCAUGAGCAUCUUAGCUUUGUGAUAAGCUCAUGUUGCACUAGAACCGCUAAAGUAAAUGGUGUCCUCUAGUGGCGAGGAGGAUUUACAGCACACGCACUAAUGCCAACACAAAUGGAAGCAGAACAGCAGUUUCAGGUGCUUUGGUGACUCUCAUGACAACAUGUCCAGGGCAGAUUUCAGCCUAAAAUCAAAGGGAAAAAUAAGAAAUUCUAUUUUUCUUUAAAAAAUUAAUCCUUUUUUUAGAACCAUUAUGAUGUUUUAUUUUCAUGACAUUUAAAGUAAAAGUUUUUUUUUUUUUCUUAUUCUAAUUACUGUAUUAAAAAAAAAAUACUGGAAUUAUUUUUUCAAUUUAAAUACACAUACAUUUAAGAUGCGGAUUCAAAUGUUUAUAGGCUUUGUUUUCAUAAAUGCAAAGCAACAUUUAUUUUAAAUGUGCAUACAUUCAUGACACUAUACCAGGGCAUUCUUUUUUUCAAGAUAGUGACAUUCAUUUUUAACAAAUAGAAUAUUUGUGUUUUUAAUAAACCACAGUUUUGCACAUUUUUUUAGCUUGUAAUUUAUUUGAACAGGGUUUAAAAUGGUUGAUUAUUUGUGUAAUGAAAAUAAUGUAUCGAAAAUAGGCUUUGUUUUAGGCUGAAAUAUGACCUGCACAUUUUUGUGAGAUUCGCCUGGUCAUUUUUAUUCCGUUCAUAUGGCCAGCUAGGACCACAUCUGAUUUUAUGUCAGAAAAUAUUUUUUAAAAUGUGUUUUGUGCAUAUAUAGAUAUUAUUAUGCUUAUGUUUCAUAUGCACAGUAGGAUAUUUGUGCUUUGUCGCCAUCAUAUGGAUGAUAAUGCCACAUUCAGACGCCCUUUUUGUGCUUUGUUUCAGAUUUCUCUUGCAUGUCCGUGUGUGUGUGUGUGUGUGUACGUGGUUUACAGAAAGCAUAGCUUGCAGGUUUAUUCUGUCAUGAAUAUUAAUGUGGACGGUGUAUUGUACCUGUCUCCAGUGCAUUUGCUCCUUUCAAAGCAUCACACACUCUGAUGUUUGGAGAAGCCUUGGGCGUCUAGAGAGGUUUUUCCCUGCACAUUGAAACACGGGUCAGUCCAUCAGGGAAUUACUCGAGCGUUGAAGCUUUGAGUGUUUUCUGUGCGUUCACAAGUGCGUUUGUGGUCAGUAGCAGGAUAAUAUUGUCUGAAAUGGCUGAUAUUUCUUUUAAUUCUUAAUUAGAUUCAAUACUAGUAAUCUAGAAACAAUAAUCAGUGGUUUAGAAUGAGGGACCAGAUAAAUACAGGACUGAGAGGGAACAUUUCCAAGUGAUUUUUAUGAUUAUUGUAAGCUAUUUAUGAGCUCCCAGUAUAGCAUAUUUAUGAAGCAUUCAUGCAUUUUUCUACACUAAUAAUCAUCUUCAGCUUUUGGCAGUUUAAUAUCAGAUCCAUUCAGAUCUAUUGAAUUCGAAUUGAAUUUGAUUCAUUGUUUUUGUGGUGAGGAAGAUGGUGGUUUUGCCUUGAUGUAAUUGUUUCUUAAAAUGAUUUGCUGGUGUAGUUUCCUGAUUAUUGUGACAUGUUUACUGAUGUUUUAGGGGUGUCUUAAUGAGAUUUAACUGUGAAUGAGAUUUAAAUGCUGUAUUUUAUUUUAAUUUAUUGUAUGUAACUGUAAGCUGAGAUGCUUUUGGUCCUUGCAUUUGUGUCACAUCUUUUAUUUAAAGCAUCAGAUAGUGACACUCAUUUUUAACAAAGUAAUAUUUGUGGGGGGUUUUUACAAUGCAGUUUUGCACAUUUUUUUUUUGUUCAUAAUUUAUUCGAAGGGAUUGAAAGUGUAUCUGUUGUUUUUUGUAUAAUUAAUUUAAAAUGGUUGAUUCAUAUGCACAAAUUUGAUGUCUCUCUCCAUUCUCAGACACAUUUUAACACUCACUCAAACAUCCGCUCUUAAAGUCACAAACAAAACACAUCUGUGAAGGUCAACAUCAAACAUUCUGCUUGUUUUAUGGAUUAAAUCACUGAAGCUUCA